AAAACAACAAAUACUUGUCGACACCAAUUUGAACUACUCACCUGAACCCCAUCAUAGAUCAAAUCAAAGAUCAAAUUGUUAUUGUGUUCUCCAAAUCAAACCCCAUAAAAAAUACACAAAAUCUUGGCCCCCUCCAAAUAAAAUAAAUGUAAAAAGAGAACCCCAUUGAAGAACUGUAACAGAAUUCAAACUGUAAUUGGUACAGUGUUUUUGGUGUAAAACUAAAGGCAAAAUAGGAGGUUGUUUAUCAUCAGGAGGGAAAGGGGGCAGAGCCUCGGAACCACAAUCAGUUGUGGUUCAGAGGCUCUCGUCUCCUAUUCCAAUUCCAACAACUGCAGCUGUUUCAGCGACGUCGUUUAGGGAGAAUAGCUUUAGUGCUGCUGGUGAUGCAAAGAUGAAGGGGUUAUUCAAGUCUAAACCAAAGACUCCAGUUGACCUUGUUCGUCAGACUCGUGAUCUUCUUAUGUUCCUUGAGCGUGCUGCAGAUACUCGCGAGACCAAAAAAGAUGAAAAGAUGAUGGAGUUAAGCAAGUCAAUCCGGGAAUUAAAGAUUAUUCUUUACGGGAAUGGUGAAUCCGAGCCUCUCGCUGAGGCCUGCGCUCAGUUGACUCAAGAAUUCUUCAGAGAGAACACACUCCGGCUGAUAAUUACUUGUCUUCCCAAUUUGAAUUUAGAGACCCGCAAAGAUGCUACUCAAGUAGUAGCAAAUCUGCAGAGACAGCAGGUUCAGUCACGGCUGAUUGCUUGUGAUUACUUGGAAGCAAACAUUGAUUUGAUGGACAUAUUAAUAUUAGGUUAUGAGAAUACAGAUAUGGCUUUACAUUAUGGUGCAAUGCUGCGGGAGUGCAUUCGCCACCAGAGUGUUGCAAAAUAUGUCUUGGAGUCUCAGCAUAUGAAGAAGUUUUUCAAUUAUAUUCAGCUGCCAAAUUUUGACAUUGCUGCUGAUGCUGCUGCCACUUUUAAGGAACUCUUGACAAGGCACAAAUCAACAGUAGCUGAAUUUCUUUCAAAGAAUUAUGACUGGGUAAUGAAAGAGAAUUAUUUUGAGAAGUGUUUCUAUUGAACGUGUGCAGGCAAUUUUUUUUU